AUGAGUCUCAACGAUGCAGUAGCCCAAAAGAUUUGGGAUGGCUUGGUCCCGAUCUGUUUUCGCCUUUCUGCAGACGAGGAUCCUUCGGAAGUCUACAAGCCCCCUCCAUUCUUCGCCUUAGUUCCGCGGGUUACCUACUUUCCACUUGUAUUAGAUAAAAUUGUUCGACAAUUGUACUCCCAAACUCAGUCAAUAUCAUCUUCAGUGGCCCACCAUACUUCAAAUUCUGACCUUACUGGAGAAAACUCGCCCUCUCAGACCAACACCGAAGCCGCCAACAAAGCAGUCUCCAGUUACUGGCUAGCUUUUGAUAACAUUCCACUUAAAUGGCAUUAUCCUGUUGGACUACUCUUUGACAUGUUUGGUUCUCCUAGUCGACUUCCGUGGGAAAUCUCUAUACAUUUUGAUGAUUACCCAUCAGACAUCUUACUAGCACCCCCUGUCUCGCGGUCUGCGAUUGAAUCGAUUUUUCUCGCCACCUUGAAAGAGGCCGACCAGCUGAAACAUCGUGGUCCGGGUGGCCAGGGCCCAGUUUUCGGGCGACUUCUUCCACAGGACCAGCGCAAUCUGUGGAAUGGUUUGCUGCAGCAUCGAUUCGACUUGUUCUGGUCUAUCAAUAAACGAUUCAUGCAAGGGACUCCCGUCCAGAGCAGUCUGCCGCUGCCGCCUCCCACCACCCCCAAUGUCUCGAGCGCCGACGGUUCUGCCGACGACUCCAGACCCACGCAGAUUGUUAGCGAGGAUCCGGCAGCAGUGAUGGUCGCAACUGGCGCCAUGAAGGCGUUUCGGCACUGUCCGUUUCGUGUGUACUUUGCACCGCAAGCCUCCCCCUCAGUCCCACUCCCCCCGACAUAUCUCCAGACCCUCGUUUCUCCCUUCACCGACUCGAACAGGACUCCCGCCACCUUCUCUGAUGUCAUUACUACUAUUUUUAAAUCCUGCGGCGAUGAUCUCAAGUAUGAAGAUUUUGUCUUCCUGGUUCACGGCGUGACUGUUCCGCUAAAGACGCCUGCGCAGUGGAUGUGUGAGCACAUGGCAUAUCCGGACAACUUCGUCCACGUGGUGGCUCGCAGACGCGAAGAAUAA